AUGGGAUAGAACUAAAUGCCAAAUAUAUUGACUUUUGAGACCGCUGUCGCAUUUUAUACCUUACGUAUUAUUUAAUUUAUUUAUUAAAUGGUGAAACCUAAUUUCCGUAACCCAUGGGCCCCAGCCGUUCCUUUACGACGUGCGGACAACAUCACUUCCUCAAAGGCGAAAGAACAGAACACUCCCGUCUUCAAGCCAGCUUUUGAACAGGACAAAAGGCAUGAUAUGUGGAUGGUGAUGUCCAACGGAUAUGGUACGCAAUGGUUCAAAGAAAAGGCUGUCUAUGAGAAAGAAACUUACUUUAGGUGGGAAACGAUCAAACAAGAGAAAAAAGUGAAACGACGAACCGUGCAAAGAAUGAUGACGUAUAGGCAGCCUACCAGGAUUGAGUAUUUAGAAAAAUAUGUGAUUGGGUAUAAGAAAAAUUGCAGAAAAAGUGUAUAUUUGAUCAACCAUAUAAGCUCACUUGCUCAUAAAUCUGGAAUUAUAGAAUUGAAGACACAAGUGAAUAAAGGAAAAGCCCGAGGGAUCCCCUAGAAUUUGACCAGAGCGACUAUUGCUACUAUAGAUAUAAACCGGUUUUACCCGAGAAAAAGCAUCAGUUAAUAAUAGCUCAUGAAGCGAAAAGUCAUAAAAAUAAAGGCGAGGAACAUGAAAAGAAACACGCAUUGGUAGCUAGCAAGACCAAAAAGAAAGGAAAUAGAAAAGAACCACAAGAUCACAAAACUGAAGCUGAAGAUCUCGUCUGUGCAAAUGGUGAUGGUGCGAUUGAAGCUGAGCUAGGUGCGACUUGUGAAUGUCAACAAGAAUAACAUUUCUUAUAAGUGUAAUUUUUAAUAAAGCAAAAUAAACUAA